ACAUAUUGCCACGCAAAAACAUCUCUGUCUCGGUCCCGAACGAAUUUUGAUUUUUGUUACCGCUUUGCCGCCCUCUAGUGCAUUGCAUUACUCUUGCCCCGCCGCGGACGCUGCUGCCACCUCGCCGCUUCUGCCGGUAUUAGCGAUACGUAGGAUAAAACAAAUAACCUCCACCCCAACCCCGGGUUUUAGCAAUUGCGACCUACCCCCUCCUUGUCAACACACGAUACAGAUUAAUGAUCGCUAUACCCGUCACUAUCGAAUUCAACGAAGGCGCAUAAUUCUCGACAGCGCUGGCGGACGCUCGACAGAAGCCGGGCAGUAGCCCAAUCAAUACCUCCUCGCCAUGGCCGACCAGCCUCGCCCUGAGGACCACGAGGAUCCCGAGGAUGGCACAACGCCAGCACCUACAAAACGCACCAGAUGGGCCACACGAAAGCUGAAGGGGAGGCAGGGUAGCCGCAAGAGGGUUUCGAUCCUUGAGCGCCUGCAGAAGGGUCAGAAUGAGAAGAAGCGCGAUUCCAGUGGGGCUGAGAGCACCACCAACCCCAGCGUCAUGAACACCGUCGUAGAAGAGGGGGAGGAAGAGGAAGAGGUGGAAGCGACUGAGGAGAGUCAAGACGGACCUGGCCCUCGCUCUGUGUUCGUCAACAUGACACUACCAGCCAAUGCUGUCGAUGCCCAUGGCCAUCCGACAGCACGUUAUGAGAGGAAUAAGAUUCGGACGGCGAAGUACACACCAUUGAGUUUCAUUCCGAAGAACUUGUGGCACCAGUUCCACAACAUUGCGAACAUAUAUUUCCUUUUCCUCGUUAUCCUUUCCAUCUUCAGCAUUUUUGGUGCUGUUAACCCGGGACUCAACGCUGUACCUCUGAUUGUCGUCGUUGUCAUUACAGCUGUGAAGGAUGCCGUCGAAGAUUGGCGACGAACUGUUCUCGAUAAUGAACUCAACAAUUCCACGGUCCACCGCCUCGUGCAAUGGACGAAUGUCAACAUCAGCUCGGGUGACGUCUCAUUAUGGCGAAGGAUAAAGAAAGCCACAACAAAAGGCAUCAAGAUAAUAUACUUGGCGAUAAAGGCCCUCUUCAAGCUCAACUCGGGAAAGAAGGGGAAAUCAUAUGGAGAGCGCGCAAUGGACACCCAGCGUGCCUCAUACGAAACCACUGCGACCAGACGCCAAUCAGCAUACUCCCAGCGCACUUCGUUUGCAUCUGCAAGGGAGGAUAUUCAAAUGACCCCUGUUCCGUCUCCAAACCCUCGCCAUGAUACCAGCGAGUCCUCAAACCCGUUCGACUCUGCAGCCGACUUCGAAGCAGACAAUUCUAGGGUUAUCAGCCAUUACCAAGGCGACGUUGUAAACCGCCGCCUCCCUGUAUCUAAAAAGGCGAGGUUCCAUCAGGAUUAUUGGAAGAACGUUCAAGUUGGAGAUUUCCUACGAAUUUAUAGUGACGACCAGAUCCCAGCCGAUGUUGUAAUUUUGGCGACAUCAGAUCCGGACGGGGCCUGCUACGUCGAAACAAAGAAUCUGGAUGGCGAAACUAAUCUUAAGCUUCGGCAUGCAUUGCAGUGCGGACAGUCGCUCAAACAUGCGAGGGACUGUGAACAGGCCCAGUUUGUUAUCGAAAGUGAACCUCCGCAACCAAACUUGUACCAAUAUAGUGCUGUCGCCCGUUGGACACAGGAGGAUAAGAGCAACCCUAACGGACCAGGCCAACCUAUGGCAGAACCGAUCUCCAUUAACAACAUGCUCCUACGAGGCUGCAAUCUACGGAAUACUGAGUGGGCCCUUUGUGUGGUCAUGUUCACCGGAUUCGAUUCUAAGAUUAUGCUCAACUCAGGAAUGACGCCUACCAAGCGCUCAAGAAUUGCACGAGAACUCAACUGGAACGUUGUGUACAACUUCAUUAUUCUCUUCUUUAUGUGCUUCAUUUCUGGUCUCUUCGAGGGCCUUGCUUGGGGUAGAAAUGAUAAGUCGCUGCAUUAUUUCGACUAUCCAGAUACAGCAGCCCCUGUCUCCGGGCUCAUUACGUUUUGGGCUGCUGUCAUUUUACUUCAGAACUUGGUCCCCAUCGCUCUCUUUAUCACUUUGGAAAUUAUCAAAACGCUCCAGGCGGUCUUUAUCUACAGCGAUAUACACAUGUACUACGAUAAGCUCGACUACCCAUGCACCCCAAAGUCGUGGAAUAUUUCGGAUGAUGUCGGUCAGAUUGAAUACAUUUUCUCCGACAAGACUGGGACAUUGACGCAGAAUGUUAUGGAAUUCAAGAAGGCUACUGUCAAUGGAAUUCCGUACGGAGAAGCUUACACCGAAGCCCAAGCUGGCAUGCAGCGUCGUCAAGGCAUUGACGUCGUGAAGGAGGCAGCUAAAGCGCAGGUGCAGAUUGCCGAAGCACGCGUGAAAAUGAUCGCAGAGACGCGCAAGCUUCACAAUAACCCUUAUCUUCACGAUGAUGAUCUAACCUUUGUCGCCCCCGACUACAUCGCUGAUCUUGGCGGUGAGUCAGGAGAAGAGCAAAAACAAGCGACCCGACAGUUUAUGCUGGCGCUUUCCCUAUGCCACAGUGUCAUCGCCGAAAUUACACCAGGAGAUCCACCCAAAAUGGAGUUCAAGGCCCAGUCUCCAGAUGAGGCGGCCCUAGUUGCUACAGCAAGGGAUGUCGGCUUCACAGUCGUUGGGAACUCACAUCACGGAAUAAAAGUCAACGUUCUUGGCGACGAACAGGAGUAUACUGUCUUGAAUACGCUAGAAUUCAACUCAACGCGCAAGCGCAUGAGUGCUAUUAUCCGGAUGCCAGAUGGGAAGAUCAUGCUGUUCUGCAAGGGUGCAGAUAGUACCAUUUAUGCUCGCUUGAAGACUGGCGAACAGAAGGAGCUUCGUCAAUCAACGGCGGAACAUUUGGAAAUGUUCGCUAGGGAAGGUCUAAGAACACUAUGCAUUGCGCAAAGAACUCUGGGCGAAGAAGAAUAUCAAAUAUGGAAUAAGGAGCAUGAGCUGGCCGCAGCUGCCAUUAAUGACCGAGAGGAGAAGUUAGAACGCGUGUCCGAGAUGAUCGAACAGGAACUUACUCUACUCGGAGGAACCGCCAUCGAGGAUCGUUUGCAAGAAGGCGUCCCAGAUACCAUUGCUCUGCUUGCUGAGGCUGGUAUCAAGUUGUGGGUUCUGACUGGCGAUAAGGUUGAGACGGCCAUCAACAUUGGCUUUUCCUGCAAUUUAUUGAACAACGACAUGGAAUUAAUUAUCUUCAAAAUUGAGGAUGACAGUCUAAGUACUGCUGAGGAACAGCUCGACCAGCAUCUUCAGACUUUUAACAUGACUGGAUCGGAUGAGGAGCUUCAAGCAGCAAUGAAGAACCACGAGGCUCCUGCGCCCACUCACGCUAUCGUCAUCGAUGGAGACUCAUUGAAGCUUGUCCUUGACGAAACCCUACGACAGAAGUUCCUCCUGCUUUGCAAACAGUGCAAAUCGGUUCUUUGCUGUCGUGUCAGCCCUGCACAAAAGGCCGCGGUCGUGAAGAUGGUGAAGACUGGACUUGAUGUCAUGACACUGUCUGUUGGAGAUGGUGCCAACGAUGUUGCCAUGAUUCAAGAGGCUGACGUCGGAGUUGGAAUUGCUGGAGAGGAAGGAAGACAGGCCGUCAUGUCGUCUGAUUAUGCCAUUGGCCAGUUCCGCUUCCUUCAACGUCUUAUCCUGGUGCACGGCCGUUGGUCGUACCGCCGUGUGGGAGAUACCAUUGCGAAUUUCUUCUACAAGAAUUUAGUGUGGACCGCCGCCCUCUUUUGGUAUCAGAUUUAUGCGGAUUUCGACCAGGCGUACCUAUACGAUUACACCUUCAUCUUGCUCUACAAUCUGGCUUUCAGCUCUCUGCCGGUUAUAUUCAUGGGUGUGCUGGAUCAGGAUGUUAGCGACAAGAUCUCACUAGCUGUUCCCCAGCUUUACCGCCGCGGUAUCGAGCGGAAGGAGUGGACGCAGAGGAAGUUCUGGCUAUACAUGCUUGAUGGAACCUAUCAAUCAGUGAUUUGCUUCUUCGUCGUAUACCUCCUUUUCGCUCCUGGCACCUUCGUUACAUCAGGCGGACAGGACGUCGGAGAUCGCAACAGAGUCGGCGUUUACGUUUCAUGCGGAGCCGUUAUCGUCGUCAACUUUUAUAUCCUCCUCAACUGUUACAGGUGGGAUUGGCUGAUGGUCCUUUUGGUGGCCAUCAGUUGCCUGCUCGUAUUCUUCUGGGUCGGCGUAUGGGGUUCAUCGGUCAGCACGGCGGUAUUUUUCUACCAGGCAGCUGCUCAGGUUUUCGCCCAACCAUCUUUCUGGGCCGUUACGUUCCUUAUGGUGAUCAUCUGUCUGCUACCUCGCUUUACCGUCAAGUUUGUUCAGAAGGUCUACUUCCCUUACGAUGUCGAUAUUAUCCGCGAACAAGUCAGGCAAGGAAAGUUCGACUAUCUCGACGAUGAAUCAUCAUCAUCAUCAUCGCGUCCGCCAAAGACAGUAGACUCAUCUGCAACCUCGUCAGACCUGGUAGAGCCACUUAAGCAACCUUCGUAUUUCGACGAUGACCGACGCCCACUCAAAGCACCAUCAAUGGCUCCAACUACCACAACCCACAACCCUCGGAGUCAAAAUAACAGCGACGGGACAGAUUACACCAGGCACCGGAUAUCCCUGGAGCCGCCGAUGGAAAACCCCAACCAUCGGCGAUUAUCUAGCGAUAGGCCCAGGCCAUCCUUCGACCGCAUGCGCGCCUCAAUGGACCGCUGCCGCCCCAGCUUCGAAGCCAGCCGCGACUUCACCACCGCAGCCAGGUUGACCCAAGUCGAGUCCAGCCACUCAUUCGGUCCCAUUCGCAGCAAAAUGAGCCGCUUCUCCGACGAGUAGCCGUGAAGGCAGCCUCGGGUUUUACGAUUCUAGCCGUCCCCGACAUGGUGUUUGUACAUUAAUGCCUCCAAGUUUUUCUUUUUCUUUUCCUUUGUGCUCUUUUUUGUUUGUGCGGCCAUCCUGGGCCGGGGAUAUCCAAGCAUUCACGAUUUGGAUGAGCAAUCUACUCUGCGCUGUUCUUGCGGCAUUCAGUUUGGCGCAUGUCGGCGUUGCAUCAGUGGUCAUGAUUUAUGGUUCCUUUUUUAUUCUCUGGGAAUGAGGGGGCUGCGCUGCACAGGCAGCGGCCCUGGAAAGGUGGUGGUGUUGUAUAAAGAGUGUGGGGGAUUUUGCCUGCGCUUGAAGGGAUGGGACUUUGGACUUUGCCUGGGCUUGGCUUGGGGAAAGGGUUGUUUCUCUUUUUUGAAAAAACGCAUAGAGAGUGUAAUUUGUCCUUUGUAGAUACAAGUGCGAACAUGAACAGUACAAUACGGUUUGAAU